AUGACUAUAAUAGUCUUUUUAAUAGAUACAUCAGCAUCUAUGAACCAAAGAGCUUAUUUGGGCGGACGCCCAACGUUACUUGAUGUAGCCAAGGGCGCUGUGGAAACAUUUGUUAAGGUACGUCAACGAUCUCCUGAAAGCAGAGGCGAUAGGUAUAUGCUUCUAACUUUCGAAGAGCCACCCGCGAACAUCAAGGCUGGUUGGAAAGAGAAUUUGGCUACAUUUAUAAAUGAACUGAAGAAUUUACAGUGCCUUGGUCUUACCACAAUGGGUGCUGCUUUGAAGCAUGCCUUUGAUGUUUUAAAUAUUAAUCGCAUGCAGACUGGAAUAGACACUUAUGGCCAAGGAAGAUGUCCUUUCUAUCUUGAACCUUCAGUAAUUGUUGUUAUAACAGAUGGAGGAAAACUAUCAAGCAAUGCUGGUAUACAGGAAGAGUUUAAUCUGCCUAUGAACUGCCCUAUACCUGGAUCGGAACUAACUCGGGAGCCAUUCCGAUGGGACCAAAGACUUUUCUCCCUAGUAUUGAGGCUAGCAGGAACCCCAGCUGUAGAGCGGGACACAGGCCUGGUACCAUCAGACUCUUCUCCGAUUGAUGCAAUGUGUGAAGUUACGGGUGGUCGAUCCUACUGUAUCACCUCCCAUCGUAUGCUGAUGCAGUGCAUCGACAGUCUCGUGCAAAAGGUGCAGAGUGGUGUGGUGAUAAAUUUUGAAAAGAUUGGUCCUGAUCCGCCGCCUAUUGACGGUGGACCUAAUAGAGACGGGGAAGACGAGCAUCACGAUGAGAAGGAUAUAGAAAUGGACAACGAUAGAAAUGGGAGAUGGAACGGCGGUCCAUAUCAAUCGACUUUGGCAGCAGUUCAACCAGGCGCACCGCAAGCGUGGCAUUCGUGUCGCCGUCUCAUCUACGUACCACGAACUGUGUCACAAAAGGGGUUCGCUGUUGGGUUUUGGCCUAUACCCGAGUCAUUUCGACCCGAUCCUAAUGCGCCGACACUCCCACCUCGCUCUGCGCAUCCCGUCGUGAAGUUCACUUGCUCGAGCCAAGAGCCGAUGGUGAUAGAUAAUUUGCCCUUUGAUAAGUAUGAGUUAGAGCCGAGUCCACUCACACAGUUUAUUCUGGCCAGGAAACAACCCACUAUAUGCUGGCAGGUGUUUGUAGCGAACAGUAGCUGCAAGAACUCAGAAGUGAGCCAUCCCUUUGGUUACCUGAAAGCCUCCACCAACCUCACUUGUGUGAAUCUCUUCGUCUUACCAUACAACUAUCCAGUGUUAUUACCUUUAUUGGAUGACUUAUUUAAAGUCCACAGAUGCAAGCCAACGCCUGAAUGGAAAAUGGCUUUCCAACAGUAUUUAGAUAGGAUGCCUUCUUAUUAUGUUACACCACUCCGUCGAGCUUUAACCAAAAUGGGUGCAUCGGCACCACUCGUUCAAAGUUUAAUCCCUGAGACUCAAGAUAUCUGCCUUAGCUUCUCCGUACUGAACUAUUUGAAAAGACUGAAGAACCAAGCCAAAGUUGAGUUCGAGAAACUCUGUGCUGACGUCAUUAAUAAGGCCUCCAGUAAUAAUAGCCAGAAGGUAGCAGAAAGCGUCCGCGUAUUACCUAGAUCGCCUUUAAAGAAGGAUUUAACAAGUCAUCCAUGUUUACAAGACAAGUUCACAGCGCUCCGUGAUCAGUUGAACGAAUUUGGGGGUUUCGUAGUGGGACUAUCCCGAGGCCGACAUAGAACCCAAGCGCAUACAUAUCGAAAUCCAUUCGAUAUACAGCGACGGGAUUUAUUGGAUCAGGUGGUGCGCAUGCGUGCUAACUUCCUACAGCCCUCGCUUGCGCACACACGUCUAGUAGACGAAGACAGCGUUCACUCGAUGCCUGUAGCACAGAUGGGCAACUACCAAGAAUAUCUCAAGCGAAUGACACCGCAACUAAGAGAAAUUGAGUCCCAACCCGUCAGACAGCAUAUGUUUGGGAAUCCGUUUAAGAUUGAUAAGCGUAUGAUGGUCGACGAAGCGGAUAUAGAUCCUUUAGGCGCAGUGCGGGGUAGCGGCGGCAGUGGAGUGGGAGGGAAACGGGGUGCGGAGAGCCCCCGUGCCAUCCCACCCAAGAGGAAAGCGGGGCCAUUGCCGCAACACAUCGUGGCGAGACGACCUACCUCACCAGCGCCGCCUUCGCCUGCGCAUACACCGCCCCCACUCUCCCCAGUGCUGUCCUUCAGCACCCCGCCUCCCUCGCCAGCAGCAGCGCCGCUGUCGCCCGUCUCAAGACGACCUGCGUCGCCGCUCGCCCCCGUGCCUUCCGAUUUGCCGUCUGGUAGACCGCCUGAGGAGCCCCCUAACGUGGAGUCUGGUGGGACGGCGAGUACUGCGUCAGCUCCCGCUGCGCCUGCCAAUUUGCCGCCAGUUAUCAAACCAUUCCUCAACGGAGAUGCGUACACAACAAUGGGAAGUAAGAUGCCUCGAUCGCCCUCUCCGCCGCACGAAGUAUGCGUUGCGCCUGCGCCGCCCGACACGCAGGAGUUGCAAAUUAACGCCAUAUUACAAGGAGUGGCAGCGGAGAAUAGCUCUAAUUCACGAAAGAAGAGAAAACGAAAGGAGGAUGAUAUAGUCCACCUAUCAUCAGUUCUGAUGCCGCCACAGCCCUCACGGAAGGAACUCGCCGAGAUUAAGAAGCACAAUCUUUCUGUUCGAUCGGAAGUAUAUCGCGCUGUGCGUCGACCGGGCAGAGAUUUUACAAAGUUGUUCGAAUACUUAAAACAAUUAAAGGGUAGUGUUGAAAUAAAGAAAGAAGUGAUUAGGGAUGUUAUUAGUGAAUCGAUGAGGUUCAAGCGGAAAGCGCUAGCGAAGCUUCUAGAAGACUUCUUGAUCGGCCUUGAGAGAAAUGGAAGCAGCACAUCACUCAACCUAAAGAGAUUACCGAACAACCACAGCUAG